UCCACAUAAAAAGCCUAAGAAAGAACCACAUCAGCUCCGAUUGGAAAGGGAACAGCAAAGAAGAAGGAGUAGAAUAAAAUGGAAGAGGAGGAAUGAAUCAUCUGCUUCUCAGGGUGCUGAAUCCCAGGACAUCCUGCCAUACCAUGGAAGAACCACUUGCCCCAUUUGUAGAAAAGAAUUCCUUUACCAAUCAGAGUUUGAUAUACAUUGGAGAAAACACACAGGGGAUAAACCACAUCAAUGUGUGGACUGUGAAAAGACCUUUGCUCAGAGUAUGCAGCUUACUGUCCAUCGACGUAUCCAUUCAAAGAAGAAACCUUUUAAAUGUGUGGACUGUGGAAAGAGCUUUGCUUGGAGUACGAAUCUUGCUGUCUAUCAACGUAUCCACACAGGACCUAAACCAUAUCAGUGUGUGGACUGUGCAAAGAGCUUCGCUGAGAGUACGUAUCUUACUAUCCAUCGACAUUUCAAUUCAGGGGAGAAACCUUUUAAUUGUGUAGACUGUGGAAAGACCUUUGCUGAGAGUGCGCAGCUUAUUGAGCAUCGACGUAUCCAUACCGGGGAGAAACCAUAUAAGUGUGAGGACUGUGGAAAGAGCUUUGUUGAGAGUACAGCACUUACUGUCCAUCGACAUAUCCAUUCUGGGGAGAAACCUUUUAAAUGUAUGGAUUGUGGAAAGAGUUAUGCUUGGAAUUCAAGCCUUAUUGUCCAUCAACGUAUCCAUACAGGGGAUAAACCAUUUAAGUGUGAGGACUGUGGAAAGAGCUUUGUUCAGAGUACAGCACUUACUGUCCAUCGACGUAUCCAUUCAGGGGAGAAACCUUUUAAAUGUGUGGACUGUGGAAAGACCUUUGCUCAGAGUACGCACCUUACUGUCCAUCGACGUAUCCAUUCUGGGGAGAAACCUUUUAAAUGUAUGGAUUGUGGAAAGAGCUAUGCUUGUAGUACGCAACUUACUGUCCAUCGACGUAUCCAUACUGGGGAGAAACCAUAUAAGUGUGAGGACUGUGGAAAGAGCUUUGUUGAGAGUACAUCACUUACUGUCCAUCGACGUAUCCAUUCAGGAGAGAAACCUUUUAAAUGUGUGGACUGUGGAAAGAGCUUUGCUCGGAAUACGCAUCUUACUGUCCAUCGACGUAUCCAUUCGGGGGAGAAACCUUUUAAAUGUGUGGACUGUGGAAAGAGCUUUGCUUGGAAUACACAGCUUACUGUCCAUCGACGUAUCCAUUCAGGGGAGAAACCAUUUAAAUGUGUGGACUGUGGAAAGUGCUUUACUUGGUGUGCGCAGCUUACUGUCCAUCGACAUAUCCAUACAGGGUAGAAACUAUGUAAGUGUGCGGGCUGUGGAGAGAGCUUUGCUUAGAGUAAAGCAUUUUACAUCCAUCAAUAUAUCCAUUCAGGGAAAAAGCCAUAUAAUUGUGAGGACUGUGGAAAGCGCUUUGUUUGGAGUACAGAUUUUAAUGUCCAUCAAUGUAUUCAUUCAGGGGAGAAACCAUAUAAAUGUGUGGACUGUGGAAAAAGCUUUGCUUGGUGUACACAGCUUACUGUCCAUUGAUGUAUCCAUUCA